GCUCAAGUGAAAAAGAAGGGAUUUAAGGAGGAAAUUAACGGUCAUGACGAUCGGCAGUGUUUGAGGGGAAAGCACAGGGAGAGUCACACUUCGUUACCGAAUCUAGAGAUUAGCCGGGAAGGUGAGGAAAACGAUGGAUCAAUUCAUCACGAGAGCGAUAUGGAAUCUCCGUCCAAUAGUCCCACCAGUAGCUUCUUGGGAAGCACCGAUUUGGGUACGAAUUUCACUGGGAGUAGCAGCAGUAGCACUAGCAGCGGUGACUGUUGUUCCGGUAGCAUGACGGAUGAGGAGGACGAUGGGGAUGACGGGUGCUUGGAUGAUUGGGAGGCAGUUGCUGAUGCCUUAGCCGCUGAUGACAAGCACGAGAAUGAAAAUCCUUGUUCUGAAUUGCCCCCUGAGCCGGAGCGUAUUGUUCAAUUGGAUCCUCACCGGGAGUCAAGCAUAGGGUCUGCCAUGGGUACUCGGAAUGUGAAGCCUGAAUCCCCAAGAAUGGUGCCGAGGGUACCGGGGAACUGCAAGGCAUGGCGGGCUGACGAUGCUUAUCGCCCGCAGAGUUUGCCUACUUUGUCAAAGCAACAUAGUUUUCCAACCUCGGAGCGGCAUUUUUGUCAAGGAGGAGUCCCGUGGCUUUGUAAGAAUACUAUAUCUGUGCCAUCUUCAUGUCCAAUAUGCUAUGAGGAUUUGGAUUCGACAGACUCAAGUUUUUUGCCUUGUGCUUGUGGGUUUCGUCUCUGCCUUUUCUGCCACAAGAGGAUUCUUGAGGAGGAUGGACGCUGUCCUGGUUGCAGGAAGCCAUAUGAGCAGGAGGCAAUCGAGGCUGCUAGUGUUCAUGGAGGUGGUCUGACAUUCCGGCUGGCUCGCUCUUGUAGCAUGUUUACAAGGUCUUAGGAGUUUCUGUUGCAAGAACUACAUAUGUUGGGUCUCUUUUUCCUAUAUCUUGCUUGUACUGCUAGCUUUCAACUCUGAUCUUUGUAGGCUUACAGUGUUGUCUUUUGCACCCGGGAAUUGAGCUGCUUCUCCUAUGAGUUUGGUUCUUAUCUGUAUGGUGCAUGCGCUGAUGUAGAGUACUCGUGUUGGUAUGUGAAUACAUAGGGCGGUAUAGAAAUUCAAUACAUAAAAGUGAUUACAAUAAGAGACGUGCUCUUGUUUUUCAAGGAUUAUGUGAAUUUUUCCACUUAGAAUAAUUUUUAUGUCA